AUGAACCCCACUAAAGAAAGACAAUAUCAACAUCUUGCUCAACAACUGGAAACACUUCAAAAUAAUUUAAAAAUAACAAAUGGAGAGUUAGUGAAACUGAAUAAUUCUGUUAAUAAAAACAUGAUAGAUCAAAUAGGGAAAAUUAAUUAUGCCUGGUUUUUUGGUUCAAAAGAAUGCUUUGAAGAGAGAUUUUCUAAUAGAAACGAUCCAAUAAACUGA